CACUUCACUCUCACUCACACAAUGGUACCUACCAAAACCACACCAAAAUCUUCAAAAACCAUCGACUCUAUGCAUCCGCACACUCCCACCCAAACCAACGAACCCUCUUCGUUUCCCCCUCGUAGACGCAGUCUCCGCCUCGCUUCCAUUCCAAACUCCGAUCCUCCCAAAUUCGGUGCUGACGAUGGUUCAACCGCAACCGCCGUUAGGGUUUCCAAUGACACCGACUCUGGUCCCACCGGAAACGCCGCCAGUGGAAAGGGAAAAAGAAAGGGUAGGUCAGCUGUUUCCGGAACAGCAACUGUCAAGUUGGACGAGAGUGGGAAGGGUUUUCUGAACUUACGGUCAGGAAAGAAGGUUCUCAUGAGAGGAAUGGAAGCAAACCAAUAUAACGCUGUCAGUAACGGCGAUCCGGGAAGUGGUAGCGCCAAGCGUGGUAGGAAAACCAUAUCACAGAAAAGCGAAGAAGAAGAAGAGCAGCAAAAGUGUGAAACGAAGGACACAAAUAGUUAUGUUGAUGCGGUGAAGAUCGAGAAGCAGAAUAUUGAUGAGGGUUUGGAAAAUGUUGUUUCUGGUAAUAGGGGGAAGAGGAAACUGGGCGGCGGUAGCAGCAGCAGAGAUGCGGUUACGGUGGAAGUUGGAAGCAUGAGUGUGGGACGAAGGAGACUCAGCAGGGAAGAGAAAGGGAAAUCUGCGGUUGUUGCUAAUGGCGAACCACCACGCAAUGCUGUUGCUCAUGAAACUACAUUGGAGAAUAGAUCAGAUGCCAAGCUCCCUUCAGAAGAGGGUAAUGCAGUUCCUGUCCAAAUGAGAGCUCGAGAACGAUCAAGAGACACUAACAACAACAACAAUAACAAUGGUAAUCAAAGAGAGCAUGGCUCGAAUAGGAUGGACCGGUUUAGGGACAUAGCCAGGGAGAACGCGUCGCGAUUUGCUCAUUUCACUGCUGAAGAUGAAGAAAACACCAAUGACAAUUCGGUUCCUGAGCCUGAAGUUGAGCAUGAGAUUGAGGAUUGGCCAGGUCCUUUCUCAACGGCUAUGAAGAUCAUACGGGAUAGGGAGAAGAAGAGUUUUCAAACAGGGUGUGGGCCUUCGGAAAGAAGCUUAGUGGAGUCUAUUAAGUGGGUUCCUAAGAGGAAUCAAGCGCUAACCGGUAGAAAGUUCUUGGCUCCUUCAUUGCAGGAGCUUUGCCUUGAUAUUCUUGCUCGGAAUGUUGAUGACAUAGCUUCACUUGACAGUGUGCCUGAUUCCCUGAGGCACAGGCUUAGCCAAUUGUUGUGUGACGCGGAGAGGAUUACCGAUCACUUUUUUGAACUACUUGUUUGUGGAUCACCCACAGAGAUUCGGUUGAGGAAUUGCUCUUGGCUGUCGGAGGAGCACUUUGUUAAAUGUUUCCAAAUGUGCGACACUACCAAUUUGGUGGUGCUGCAACUCGACCAGUGCGGGCGAUGUUUGGCAGAUUAUGUAAUAUAUGCUACUUUGGCACAAUCAAGGGGGCACUUGCCUAGAUUAACUAGCCUAUCCAUUACGGGUGCAUGUCGUCUUUCAGAUUUAGGGUUGCGAGCACUUGUCUCUUCUGCUCCAGCACUUAGAUCAGUCAACCUCAGCCGGUGCUCCCUUCUCACAUCUUCUGGCAUUUUUCAUUUGGCUGAAUCAUUAAGAUCUCUUCUAAAGGAAUUGUAUCUCGAUGAAUGCAAUGGCAUUGAUGCUGCACUGGUUCUGCCAGCACUUCUGGAACUUGAACAUUUGGAAGUUUUGUCAGUAGCCAGUGUUAAAACUAUUUGUGAUGAAUUUGUCAAGGAUUACAUCACUGCUCGGGGUCACAACUUAAAAGAGCUCGUUUUACAAAAUUGUGUAAAUGUGACAGAUGCAUCAAUAAAAAUAAUUGCAGAACAUUGUCCUGGAUUAUGCGUGCUUGAUAUUAUGCACUUGGAGACAUUAACAGAUUUAUCCAUAGGUUAUCUAAGUAAUCAUUGCCGUGCACUUCAUACACUGAAGCUUUGCCGUAAUACAUUCAGUGAUGAAGCCAUUGCUGCAUUUUUGGAGACAAGUGGGGAGUCCUUGCAAGAACUGUCACUUAAUAGUGUUAAGAAGGUUGGCUACCACACAACCCUAUCACUUGCAAGCCAUGCAAAAAAUUUGCGUACUCUAGAUCUAUCUUGGUGCCGAAAUUUGACAGACAAUGCAUUGGGUUUAAUAGUAGAUAGCUGCUCGUCACUGAUAUCACUUAAUCUUUUUGGAUGCACACAGGUAACAGAUAUUUUUCUGAAGGGCCACUCAAACAUGCAGCUUGAGAUAAUUGGUUUGCAGAACUCUCCUUUGUUGCGUCAUGUCAAAGUCCCUGAUCCUUAUCAGGGUGCUUUGAAUUAUUCGUCAGUAUCCAUGGAUGGUGUAUAAAUUAGGAUUAGUACCAGAGAUGAACUUAUGUAGUAGUUAGUGGCAUAAGUAAAAUAUAUUUCGAUGUAAGAAUGAGACCAGGUGAAAAAUUUCGACCAAUAUGAAUAUGCAACAAAUUCUAAAGGGUGUAUGCUUAUUAUCGUGUAAAUUUGUUGUUUACUUUUUAUAUAUCUUUCCCAGAAACACUUUUGACACUCAAGUUGGGUUUCCCUUCAAAGAGCUAUUGUAGAUGCAUAUUUUGGUUGCUAAGGGAGUACCAUAUUCCCUGUUAUUCUUAGGAUCAAAUGAUAUGAGAAGGAAUCGUGUCCCUUUUUA